GAGGACAUCCUGGUCUCUGGGGACAUCCUGUCUCUGGUCUCUGAGGACAUCCUGGUCUCUGGGGACAUCCUGUCUCUGGUCUCUGAGGACAUCCUGGUCUCUGAGGACAUCCUGUCUCUGGUCUCUGAGGACAUCCUGGUCUCCGGUCUCUGAGGACAUCCUGGUCUCUGAGGACAUCCUGGUCUCUGGGGACAUCCUGUCUCUGGUCUCUGAGGACAUCCUGGUCUCUGGGGACAUCCUGUCUCCGGUCUCUGAGGACAUCCUGGUCUCUGAGGACAUCCUGGUCUCCGGUCUCUGAGGACAGAGGCUUGUCCUGAAGUUUGUCCACAAAGUCAGAUUCCUAGAAGACGUCUGACCAGGUCUGGUGAUAUCUGACCUGUUAAUAACUUAAACAAUAAUAAUAAUAAUAAUUAUAAUAAGAGGAAGGAGUCGGAUGUCAGUGUUGGUGAAUCCAACGUGUCCACGGUACGAGGCGUGAUGAUGCCGUGCUGCUCCCUGACCUGGACCUGGACCUGGACCUGGACCUGGACCUGGACCUGGACCUGGACCUGGACCUGGCUGCUGCUCACGGUCCCAGUCCAGAGCUGGAGGCCCUGUACAGAUCUACUUCCUCUAGACCUGCUGUCCAGAGCCCUGCCCCACCCACUCCCCGGACAAGCCCCGCCCACUCAGGUGCAGAUGGUUCAGUCCAAAGGGUCCCGGGGGCUCCGAUUGGCCGGUGCCAUGGCAACAGGACUGAGUUUCCCUGCCUCCCAAAUCUUCACCAACUGUGACUUCUUCCCCGCGGAGUUCUCAGUUAUCGCCACAGUGAAGCUGCAGAGACUGAAACAGAAGACCAAUGAGUACAUCUUCUCUGUGGUGGAGGAGGGAUCUGAGUCACUGUUGCUGGGGUUACGUGUCUCCGAGAGCCGCCUUCACUUCUUGACCACGCCCCCUGGCGUUGGUGGGAGGAGUCGGCUGACUUUCAAAGAUGUCUGCCUGGAUGAUAACCACUGGCACACCGUGGUGCUGGCCGUCAGCGGCCCCUACGCCACGCUGACCGUGGACUGUGGGCUCCCUCUGGAGAUUAAACAGGUCCAGUCAUUUCCCAGCACUCUGAGCACUAGAGGGUCCAGGUUCUACAUCGGGGGCCGGGGCCGGUGGAGGGGCCGUUUCACUGGUCUACUCCGUCAGCUGGUUCUGCUUCCAGGCUCAGAUGCUACAUCCAGACUGUGUCCCACCUCCAACCCGGGUCUGGCUGAGCUCUCCGUCCCUCAGGUUCUGAAGUCCACCCCGCUCCAGCUGGACCUCCAGGGACCAGUCUACCCCUAUGAGGCCGAGGCCCGAGUGACUCUGGGAACCCGCCCUCGGUGUUCUGGACCAGAACUGGGUCAGCUGUGGUUCGACGCCCAGAGGAAAGGUCUGUUCAUCUGUGAUGGGACGGGAUGGAGCCCAGUGCUGCAGAGGAAGGAGCGUCUGGACUACCUGGAGGACUACCAGGACCUGGACACCCGCUCACAGACCUUUGACGUGGAGGUCUUCUCCAUCCCAUCUGAGGGUCUGUUCAUGGCUGCAGCCAACAGCGACUCGAGACCUGGAUCAGGUAUCUACAGGUGGACCGAUGGAUCCUUCCAGCUCCACCAGAACAUCAGCACCCAGGAGGCCCGGUCCUGGAAGCACUUCACCAUCCAAGACCAGAUUUUCCUGGUGGUGGCAAACUUCAAGGAGGCGGAGUCUGAGCUGUCAGUCAUCUACAGGUGGAACGGGAGGCGGCGGCAUUUCCUCCGACAUCAGACACUGGAGACUCACGCCGCUCUGGACUGGGAGGCCUUCCACAUCCACAACCACAGCUUCCUGGUGGUGGCCAAUCACAGACGAGCCCGAGACUCCGCCCACAACAUCCACAGUGUGAUCUACAGGUGGAACCCAGAGACAAAGCUGUUUGAGGUGAACCAGACUCUGUCCACAUCUGGAGCGUAUGACUGGGAGUUCUUCAGCGUGGGACCGUUCCACUUCCUGGUGGUGGCCAACACCUUCGAUGGCCGGACCACAGCGGUCAGCUCCACCGUCUACGUCUGGAUGGACGGACGCUUCCAGACCUUUCAGAGCAUCCCGACGGUGGGGGCCACGGACUGGGAGACGUUCCAGAUCGACGGCAGGUUCUUUCUGGCCGUGGCCAACAGUCAGAGCAUCUCCAGCCAUGGGCCGAGUCUCUACAGCCUCAACUCCACCGUGUACGAGCUCAACCCCCUCACCCAGACCUUCAUCCGCUUCCAGGACAUCCUGACCCACAGUGCUGUGGACUGGGAGUUCUUCACCAUCGGAGAUGAGAAGUUUCUGGUCGUGGCCAAUUCUCAUGAUGGCAACUCGUACUCUCUGAACAGCAUCGUCUACAGGUGGCAGGGAUACGAGGGCUUCGUUCCCGUCCACAGUUUGCCGACGUUUGGCUGCAGAGACUGGGAACACUUCAGCACGGAGCAGGGUUCCUUCCUCCUCUACUCUAGCGCCACCUCCAGGCUCAGCAAGGUAUUCAGACUGAAGACGUACUGAGAGACAGGAGGACGUCCUCAUGGACUCGGGAGAAACUGUCUUUGAACAUGAAGCACUUUGAGCUGAGAGAACAGCGCCCCCUCUGGAGCUUUCAUGAACUGAUCACUGAAGGAAACUACUGUGAUGGGUGGAAGUCACAUUUAAGGAGCGACAGCCACAAGCUGCUGAACAUUUAUUUAUUGAUCCUGAAGCUCUUCAUCCAGCAGUGACUCAUUUCUGAUCAGUUUGUUUCUUUAAUAUUUAAUCACAGUCAAGAAUGAAUUAAUGUUUUAAACUAUAUCAACGUCUCCUCUCUUUAGCCAUGUACAUAAACUAAUAAGUUAUUCUACAGACAUGAAUUUAAGCUUUUCAAAAUGUACUCUGUAAAACAUGAAGUAUAUGUUUAAAGUUUUUUAUUAAACGAUUUCA